CAAGGCUCGGCUCAAGGCUCAGCCACUCGGGGGACACCUUUCCGUAGGGCGCCGCGCCGAUCGCAGCGACGAUGGGCAAGUUCCUAAAGGCUGGUCGGAUUGUGGUCAUGCUGCAGGGGCGAUACGCCGGCAAGAAGGCCGUGGUGGUGAAGGCCUUCGAUGAUGGCUCGAAAGCCCGCUCCUUUGGCCAUUGCCUCGUUGCUGGCAUUGACCGAGCUCCUUUGAAAGUCACCAGGGGUAUGUCCAAGAAGAAGAUUACAAAGAGAACCAAGGUCAAGCCUUUCGUGAAGUAUGUCAACUACAACCACGUCAUGCCAACCCGAUACCAGGUGCCGAACGAGCUGACACCCGCGAGCAUUGCCACGGAUCAGCAGAUGGAUACUCUUGACGGCCGAAAAGAGGCCCGCAAGUUCGCCAAGAGUCUGUUCCAGGAGAAGUUCCAAGCACCGCCGCCGGACAAGUCGGGUCGCCCCUCCAAGGAAACCCGCAAAAAGCUUCUCAACAUCCUCAAAUGUGAAUGGUGUGAUCUUUGGAGCCAGCGCCAUCACACCCACGAUGUCCGGUGGUAAGAGUGCCAGCCAGGGAAUUAGAAUCGAAG